AUGUCGCAAGUUUCUAGAGGCCCUCCGACCCCUAGGCGUCACUCGGACUUGUACAUUGACAGCGGCGACGUCGUCUUUCUUGUUGAAUCACAAUUAUUCAAAGUGCACCGUUAUUUCUUCGUGCGAGAGUCUCAAAGAUUCAAAGAUAUGCUCAAUGCGUCUCACCGACCCAACGGUCAACGAAUCGGUACUUCGGACUCAAAUCCCCUUGAACUUCGUGGCGUCACAGCGAAGGACUUUACUCGCUUCCUUUGGGUCUUUUACAAUCCUGAUUACUCGUAUGAGGCGUCUGUGAACAAAUGGUCAUCUAUCCUACGUCUCGCCCAUACUUGGAAAUUCCCAAAAGUAAAAGAGCUCGCAGUCCGUGAGAUGGACAAACUCGAGAUCUCACCAGUCGACAAGGCCGUCAUGGCACGCGAAUUCGAGGUCGACCCGAAGCGCAGAUGGCUGGAGACAGCCUACGCGGAACUUGGCGCGCGGGAACAGCCUAUCACUAAGGAAGAAGGAACCCGCCUUGGUCUCGAUGUCGUGCUUCAUCUGGCCGAAGUCCGCGAACGGAUUCGUGAGCGCAGGCGUCUUGAGGCUGAAGCACGUGAAGCUGCCUCUGUUGCAGCAUCGAGACACCCCCGCUCGCCCAUGCUGAGUUCAUACGAGCAGCUGACGAGACAUCGCCGGAGCCCACUUCCAGCCGCUCCCGUAACGGAUUGGCCCCAGUAUGUUGCUACUGUUGCUACUGACUCGCGACCUAUAUCUCCUGCGGAAAGUGAAAGGUCCUACGAUCCCAAGUUAGCGGAAUCCACGUACCUACCACCUCGUCCAGCGACACCCCCGCAAUAUCGCAACCAGUCGAUGUCGCGUAGUGGUAGCUCACUCAGUCCUCGUUCUUUGACUACUCCACCCCGGCAGUUCUCAUCCGUUGAUCAUCAAAAGGUUUAUACCGAAGAAGAUGUUGCUGCUGUAAAAUCUGUCUUUACCGCGCAAUAA